UGCGAGCAGAGUACAUACCUUUUAUUAGGUAAUUCGACCUGCAUCCUGCCUGAUUAGCCUCAAAUAUCCUAAAAAAUGAGGACAACUGCCUGAUAAUCACUGAAAGGAGGAAUUAUUUUUAUUUUUUAAAACAGUUUCUGAUUAAACUCCUUGGCUGAAGAAGAGAAGCUAGUUGUUUCUCACCGAGGAGUGGAUCUGUGGUUUGGCUUCCCCAUGGCUUUCUGCCGCGUGUGUGACCUCAAGGUGCUGGUGGCCAUUGUGUGUGGGCUGCUGACCGCCAUCGUUUUGGGACUGGGCAUCUGGAGGAUCGCAGUCAGGAUCCACAGAGGAACAACUAUCCCCACAUCAAGCACCCCUAUAGCAUUCUGCAGGAAUGGUGGAACCUGGGACAACGGCAGAUGCAUUUGUCCAGAAGACUGGAAAGGCCUGAGAUGUACAGUUGCUAAUUUCUGUGAAAAUAGUACCUAUAAGAGUUUUACUUUUCCCAGAAUUUCAGUGGGAAGAUAUGGACCUUCCUUCCAAACAUGUGACAACAGCACUCUAAAUGCGGGCAAUCCAAUGGCAACCCGGCUGUGCAGCCUUAAUGAAAAUGGAGAGAUAGAAUUACAAAAUGUGACAAUAGGAAAUUGCAAUGAAAAUCUGGAAACCCUGGAACAGCAGAUAGGCAAUACCUCAAUACCGUUCUCGAAUAUCUCUAUGGAAGUCCAGAUUUUAACAUCUAAUGCCAGUAAAUUAACUCCUGAGAACAUCACUUCUGCUACUCGAGUGUUGGGACAGAUCUUCAACACAUCCAGGAAUGACUCAUCUGAGGCAAAACUAGUUGCUGUAACAACAGUGAGUCAACUUCUAGAUGCCAGUGAAGAUAUUUUUCAGGAAGCUGCUGCUACUGAUGAUGCUGCCUUUGAAACGCUUAUUGAACAAAUAGAGACUUAUUCCUUGUCUUUGGGCAGCGAGCCAGUGGUGAAACCUAAUAUAGCAAUACAGUCUGGUGACAUCCCCUCAGAGGGCUCCACAGGCGUUCUCUUCACUGUACAGAAAGGAGCAAGCGAAUCUCUCAUUUCUGGUUCCACAUCGAUAAGUACAAGCGCGGACGGACUUAAUGCGGACGAGCAGACUGAACUGCAGGUCUUCCUCAACACCUCAGCGAGUAAUGCCAAGUCAUGUGGCUUUGUAGUGUAUCAAAAUAGCAAGCUUUUCCAAUCAAAAACUUUUACAACAACAUCAAAUUUUAGUCAAAAAAUUGUCUCAAGCACGAUUGACGCAAAUAAGGAAGAUCAGAGUAGUUCUGUUACAAUGGUCUUUAAUCCAAAGAACAACCAACAAGGAUUCCAACUCCAUUCCUAUGCCUGUGUCUAUUGGAAUCUUUCAAAGAAGGAUUGGGAUACAUAUGGCUGUCACAAAGAAGAAGGCCUUGAUGGAUUCCUGGGCUGCCACUGCAACCAUACAACGAGUUUCGCUGUAUUAAUGAGUUUCAAAAAGUAUCAUAAAUAUCCUGAAUCACUAGACAUAUUAUCCAUUCUUGGAUGUGCACUGUCCAUUACCGGUCUGGCUGUCACGAUUAUAUUUCAGAUUGUCACAAGGAAAGUCAGGAAAACCUCAAUAACCUGGGUGCUGGUGAGUCUGUGCACAUCAAUGUUGAUUUUCAACCUCCUCUUUGUGUCUGGAAUUGAAAACCCCAAUAAGAACUCAGAGACAAGUGGUAGUGUCAGCACUGUUGACAGUAAUAAUAAUGAAAUUCCCAGACAAGACAUUGUCUUCAGCUCGAAUCCCACGUGCACUGUGUUUGCUGCCUUGCUGCACUACUUUCUCUUGGGGACAUUCAUGUGGACUGGGCUCAGUGCUGCUCAACUCUAUUUCCUGCUGAUUAGGACCAUGAAGCCUCUUCCGCCACGAUUCAUUCUUUUCAUCUCUUUAAUCGGAUGGGGAGUCCCAGCUGUAGUGGUGGCUUUGACAGUGGGAAUUAUUUUUUCUCAGUACAAGGAUGAUCCAGAAUGGGAGUUACACUACCGGCAGGAGCAGAUCUGCUGGCUAGCAGUCCCAGAAAGCACUGGUUUGCUAGCAAGUCCAUUGCUGUGGGCGUUCAUUGUACCUGUGACCAUUAUCCUCAUCAGCAACAUUGUUAUAUUUGUUAUCAUUGUGGUCAAAGUGCUGUGGAAGAACAACCAGAAUCUGACAAGCACGAAAAAGUCUUCAUCCCUAAAGAAGAUUCUGAGCACAUUAUCUAUUGCAGUUGUUUUGGGAAUUACCUGGAUUCUGUCAUACCUCAUGCUAAUUGAAGAUGAUGACAUCAGGAUCAUCUUCAGCUACAUAUUCUGCCUUUUCAACACUACUCAGGGAUUGCAAAUUUUUAUCGUCUACACUGUCAGAACAAAAAUCUUCCAGAGCGAAGCUUCCAAAGUGUUGAAGUCGCUGUCAUCGUCCACUGGGACAGUGAAGUCUCUGCCACCAAUGAUCCCACUGAGGCUGCGUGUCAGGAUGUAUAACAUGCUCAGGUCAUUGCCAGCCCUAAAUGAGCGCUUUAGGCUGCUGGAGCCAUCUCUAGUUAACAAUGAAACGACACUCUCUGAAAGUGACCAAGAAAACCCAAGCAUCUAGACCGUAAAACUGUUACCCUUUGUGGUCCUCUUUUAUUCAACGCAUGUGAGUUUUGUGUUUUCUAUUUCCUUCCUUUAUUACCGAGGCUUCCCAGAAAUUCUCCCUCAAUAUAUUUUGCUCAAGGUUAAGAAUCAGGUAAGACUUGUUGUUUAUUAUCAUCAGGGAUAAUGGAUUUGGUAAUUUUUCUAUUAUUCAAUAGAUUCUUACCCAAAUGAGGUGAAGAAUUCCACCCAGCAUUCAAGAUAACUCAAGAUUAUCAUUGCUCCUUAUAUCAUAAAGUCUAUGUGACAAACUUUAAUAAAAAUGUAGAACCUAAACCAAUUCUUUUACUAAAAAGGACAUGAAGAGAAAAAUUUACCUUCCAGAACAAAAUGAACACUGUGAGGAAUUGCUUGUAUGUAUCAUACUUUUGCUCUCUGAAUAUUUUAAAUUUGUAUGUGCUCAUGGUUUUAUUUCCAACUAAGAAUUUUGCAGCAAUUUAACCUGGAAAGGGAUAUUUUUUUCUGUUAAAAAAAAAUAAAAGCAGGUUUUGUGACCAGAGGAAUUGGCUGUAUGGGAAAUGGGCAGUGAGACGUAGAAAGAUCAGCUGGCUGGUUACUAAACCCUCUGAUUAUUUCUUUACAGUUCUUGAUACAUCUGUCCUUUUAUUGAUGAAAUGACACUGAGACUCAAAAAAUGAAAAGUUUGUCACAAUCACCCCUUGUGGCUUUUAAAAGAUCUAAGCGCUCACGGAAUUUCAAACACUUGAAUGAUGAAUGGCUUCCUAAAUAAAAAAUGACCUUCACUGGGGUGGGGAGCACUCCCACUGGACUGAGGAGGCAAAGCCUUUGAAUUGCAGUGUCUGUUUUGUCAUGAAUUAGGCAGCUGCCGUGAGUGCCCUGAACUAAGGGACUAACAAAUGUCACGUGAGCUGUGGCAGAGGCUCCUCACCACACCCUCAAGAACAUGUGCUUUUUUGAAGAAAGCUUGUAAACGACUGUUGGAUUCCUAGGCAAGCCAAGAGCCUAUUUCAUCUGCAGUGUACUUGAGACCUUACAGGAUAACGGAAAAAAGUAAAGGGGAGAUCAAGAAGAAAGGCAGCCCUCAGAGGUCAGUGUUUUCAGUGUGCUAUAGUGCUCUUCCUGGAUAGGGGCUGGACACUGGGAGAAUUACAAGAUGUGCUGUCUACUCUAUGUCCUCAAAUUUACAUUCAGGUGAAAAUAAACCUUAAGUAAGGGCCACCUUAAACGUGGAAAAAAAAGUCACCAAAGAGCCACAUUCAGCCUGAGGGUGGAGUACACGUGUUCCUUGGGAAUGUUAGUUUUCUUUGCACUUUUUUCAGCACUCUUGGGGGUAUAGCAACUAAAAUUCCACAGAAUGUUCCUGGAAUGGCUGUACCCUCAACGUGCAGCUCCAUGUGUGUGUCACGGAGGCCACAUCAGGCGGGCAUUGAUGUUCCCCUACCUACCCCAAAAUGCUGCCACUCAGAAAGAGUACUAUUGAUUUAAGCCUUUACCUCCUGCACUCGUCGGGAAUUUGUUAGUUUAAUGUUAGAGAGCCAACUCAAAUUAGGUCAAAGGUCAAAGAGAAUUUAAUGACUCAAUUAAUUGUAAAGUCCAAAGGCCAGUGGGUUUUAGGUAGGGUGACUGCAUGUUCUGGUUGCCUGGGCCAGUCCUAAUUUGUGCUGCUGUCCUGACUUCAGUAUUACUAGCAGCCUCUUUUACUCUCAAAAGUGUCCUGGUUUGGGACACAAAAUAUAUGAUAAUGCUGACUUUAAGUCUAGAGUUCAAAUGCAAGUAGUUCAAAGAAUGUGUCAAGAUUCUUUUUCUCUCCCCGUUUCCUGGCUCUUUGUGCUUCUGUGUUGGCUUCAUUCUCAAAUUGGGAUCACAUGGCUGGAAACUGGCCAUUGGCUUCCCCUUCCUCCUGCCCUGCAACCUCCCAUCGGUGUGUCCCAUUGGCUGCAGCAAGCCAGAGCCAGUUGAGCAGGAACCUGGGGGGCUCGGUCCCCUGUGAUAAAGAGCAGAGCAGGGGCAGGGAGAGUAAAGGACCAAGGGCCUGGCACACUCUGCUUGGUCAUGUGCCCACAGGCACUGUGUUCAGAGAAUAUUGGUCCAGCCUGGAUCACAUACUUACCGUGAAGUGGAGGGAUGGGGGCAACCUGAUGGACAGGAUGUCCUGGACAGUUACACUAAGGAUGGGAAGCUGGCAGCAAAACGUUAAGGUGCUUCCACUACAUCUCCUGACAUAAUACAAAUACCUUCCUGGAAAAAGAACCACUUUAAGGCCCAUCUAUCAUUUCUCUUACUCUGAGGAAGCCUAUUAGAUGCUUGUCUGCAGAGGGUUUGAAUGGGGUGAGUAAGAAGAGCAAGAAAUUAUUUGGCACCUUGGAAGUUGAGGAGCAAGGAUGGGGACUAGGAGUAGAAGGGUGACUUACUUAAAAAGAAAAUUGCAGGACAAGGAGAAUCAGAGUACUGCAGAGCUGGGUUUCCCGAUGUUGUGUGGGACUACCUUUCUGUGCUUCUGAUUUAUUUUGUGUGUUGUUUCCUACAGCCUUGUUGGUUGUGGCAGCACAUGUAGUGUCCUUGGGCAAUUUGGAUUUCCUUUCCUGGGUCUUAACUGACAGGUCAGAGCUCCCUGUUUAUUGUCAGAGUCUGGACUGCUUUUUCUCCUAUUCUUCCCAUUUUGAAGUUUAUCUUGCCUCUUUUUUUCUGUUGCCAACAAGGGGAGAUCAUUCUCAAGCUCACUGCUGUCAGUUUGUCUUUGCCUCUUUCAGAAGAGCUUGGCAUUCUUUGCAAACAUUUGGGAAACCUGAGCCAAAAGUGCCAGCUGAGUCAUCCCAGCCUGUCAACCCCUGGAGCUCUCUGGUUCUGUGGAAACCCCUUAAUGGGAUGCUGGGACCUGCAGUACCUAGCUCCUCAGGUGAUGUCCAAGACAGAGCCAUGGGAUUUGGUGCACUCUGGGGACGAGGUGGGGAGGGGAGCAAGGAGCCUAAGAGGAAACUGCCUUCUAUUCCUAUUGACAGUUUUAAAACACUGUGCUAACUGUGUUAUAACAACUUUAGAAGAUAUUCACCAAAUACAAUUUUUAAAAAAGCAAAACUAUAAUUCUCUAACCUAUCAAUAGUCUGUUUACCCAUGUUCCUUUACGCUCUUUGUUUGACUACAUAAGAAUUUAAAUAACUGUAAUUAUCGUAAAUGAAAUUUUAUUCUGAUUUUCACCUGCAAUUACCCAUUUAUGCAGUGCUUAUAAUAAUUAAUGAUUGCAUAACAUAGCAUAAGAUACUAAGUUGUUCUAUUAUUGGAUAUCUGUAUCAUUUCAAUUUUAAUAUUGUAGUGACACAAGAUAAAUAAACUGGUACAUAUAUAUUUCCUUUCUUCCUAAUUAUUUCCCUAAGAUAAACUCUCAGGAUUAGGAUAAAAUGUGUCAAAAGGUAUAGACAUUUGUUUAGCUUCCUUGUAUAUAUUACUAUAUUCUUUGAAGAUGUUGCUCUAAUUUAAAACG